CAUGUAGUGGCCACGUGGUAUAAAACAUUGUGACGUCAUAUCUGUGGGACGAUUUCUGCCUGCCGGUGGUGUAAUGAUUUGAAGCGACUGAAGGUGAAAGAUUAAAGAAUAAAUUCAGCAGAUACCCGGAUAUAGAUAGGAACUGUCACCAUGUUGAGCGUGGGGGGGGCAGUAAGGGGGGGCGUCGUGCAGCUUCCUGUACGAGGAGUCUGUUCUGCUGCCUUCAACGGGACGUCACCUUCAUCUGGCCACAUCUGUCCUGCCCCCCCACCUGCGGGACCCCCUGAACUCUGCUGUCACAUGGUAAAUGUCAGGACGCUAUCAGGAGUCGGGACGGCGUCAGGAGUCAGAACGCCAUCAGGGUCCAGGACGCCGUCAGGGUUCAGGACGCCUUCAGGAGUCAGUAUGCCAUCAGGAGUCAGGACGCCGUCAGGAGUCAGUAUGCCAUCAGGAGUCAGGACGCCGUCAGGGUUCAGGACGCCGUCAGGAGUCAGACCGCCAUCAGGGUUCAGGACGCCGUCAGGGUUUGGGACGCUGUUAGGAGUCAGCAUGCCGUCAGGAUUAGGGACGCCGUCAGGGUUCAGGACGCCGUCAGGAGUCAGCAUGCCGUCAGGAUUAGGGACGCCGUCAGGGUUCAGGACGCAAUCAGGGUUAGGGAUGCCAUCAGGGUUCAGGAUGCCAUCAAGAUUAGGGACUCUGUCAGGAUUCGGGACUCUGUGCGGGGUCCGGAGGCUCUCCGGUGUCCAGCAGCAUAGCGGUGAUGGUACGGCCGGCGGUGAUGGUGCGGCCGGUUGGUACGGUGUCCUCUCGGACUCGGCCCCCGUCCACCUGUGUGAACACUUCCUGGUUAGCUUCCAGCAGCUGAGCGGGUUUCCGUGGUGGCUGAGCAUCGCCGUGGCGACGCUGUCGGUCCGGACAGUCAUCACCUUGCCGCUCGCCGCCUACCAGAUGGUUGUCAUCGCCAAGGUGGAGGCGCUGCAGGCGGAGAUCUCCGAGCUGGCGAAGAGGCUUCGAUACGAAGUGUCAGUGCGAGCGAGAGAGAGAGGCUGGACGGAGAAACAGUGCCGGUUCCAGUUCCAGAAGAAUCUGCGUCGCCUGGUCUCUCAGCUCUACGUCAGAGACAACUGUCACCCGUUCAAAGCCAGCAUCCUGGUCUGGGUUCAGCUGCCGCUGUGGAUCAGCCUCUCUCUGGCCCUCCGAAACCUCAGUCUCAAUCAGCCCGAUGUUGGGGCUUAUCUGGCAGCGGGUGGCGCUCUCUGGUUCCCGGACCUCACCGUUCCUGACUCCAGCUGGAUCCUGCCGGUCUGCCUCGGACUCACCAACCUGCUCCUUGUAGAGGUGUUUUCUCUCCAGAGAGUCAACCCGUCUCGUGUUCAGAGGAUUGUGACGAACGCCGUCCGAGCGUUCUCGCUGUUGAUGAUUCCCAUCGCCGCGACCGUUCCCUCUUCCAUGGCGCUCUACUGGCUCACCUCCAGUCUUGUGGGAUUCAGUCAUAACCUCGCUCGUUCUCCUGCCGUCCACAGACUCCUCAGACUCCGAACUCCUCGAUCAGAGACUCCCUACAGGGACCUGGUGUCUGCCUUCAUCACCAAGUACUGCAGAUAAACACAGAGUACUGCAAGAACACGUUAAAUACUUCACAGAUCAGAGACUUCCUACAGGGACCUGGUGUCUGCCUUCAUCACCAAGUACUGCAAAUAAACACAGAGUACUGCAGAUAAACACAGAGUACUGCAGAUAAACACAGAGUACUGCAGAUAAACACAGAGUGCUGCAGGGGCUUUGAUCUGCUGAUCUAAAAGGGAAAGUUAUUAAAGUUAUUAAAGAAUGACAUCAUGGACCUUCAUCUUCC